AUGCUUUUGCAACCCUCUUUGUUGGCUUUGGAAUCAAUGCGAUACUGCGUCCCGAGCAUGCACUCACUUUCUCGAGUGGACCCUUCCCGCCAACAUCGCCGACGCCGAGACAGUCAGCAGCUUGACAGCCGUCUACGGAGUCCACGACAUCUUCAUGGGCCUUGCUCUCUACUCAGCUGCCAUCUGGGGCACUAA